CACGUCAGUGGUGGAUAAGGACUGGAGACUUUGAUGGAAUGUGGAUCUCUUCACAAUAACUUGAACAUAAGAAGAAAAAAUGACAUCUAGUGCGUUUAGGAAAGCGUGACUAACUCGUGCUAGUAUUCUUGUUGAUCUGGAGCUUGUGAGAAGAUGCACAAGUUGAAUUGAUUCUAUCGGACGGUAUUUCGACCUUGUCUGGAUGUGGUCACACAGUUUUUCGGGUGAAGAUAGAGGGAAGUUUGAAAGGACAUAUAAUGAGAAUAACACACUGCUAGCGGUACUGAGGCUGCGGGCUGCAUCUGGAGCACACGCGAGGAGAGCAGACAGAGGCGCGCGCUUCUGCUGUAGACAGAUACGUGGGAAAGAGAAUAUGUAUUCUGCUAUUUCGAAGUAAACCAUGGUUUACCAUUGAGCUUUCUUUGAGGAUUUAAGGACAUUUACAAAAAAACGGUUGUUUAAAAGAAGUUGACAGCUCAUCUUCUAUGGAGUCCCAUUGCAAUUUUGGAGACUCGUUGUGGGACAAAAAUGGACCGCACGAACGGACUGAGCUCCAGGAUUAUCGUUGUGUUGCUCCACAGUAAGAUGUAGCCUGUUGUGUGUUCUUGGUGCUUAUGGAAACUUAAUUGCUACAUUUUCAUAAAACAUAGGCUGCAGAUGCCACGUUUCAUGCGUAAAGAUACGGACGAUGUAUUUAUUUUGUUGUUAUGAUGCGUGUGCAUUUCAGUUCAACAAUAUUGCAACUGCAUGUCUACAUUUCCAUCACCGUCCAAAGCGUCAGGCAUCUUGUCCAGUGCAUGUGCCCUGCAGUUGCUUGUCCUGGAUGGAGCGUCAAUAAGGGCACGAAUAUAAUCACACGGACGCGCCUCGUCAGUCAUUAAACAAAUCAGAUAAACACAGUGUUAAUAUGAUCAAUAGACUGUAUCGACGAGCCCGUAUAUAAGGCUAAUGAUUGGCCUAGCCUCUGUUUACUGAACAUGCCGGCGAGAAUAUGGUGUGAAAUUUUCAGAUGACUGCUGACAGGUCAUUGAAAUAGACAUAUGAUAAAGCAGAGUAAAAGUUUAGAUUCGUAGGUACAUCAUAUUAAACUCUUUAAUAACAGAUGGAAUAUCCAUAGUUGAAAACUGCUGCUCUGACAGUAGAAUGUCUUUGAGAAUUCAUGAACAGGGUGCAUUUUUUGGCUCAUUUAUAAAGAGUGCUUUUUGAAAUAUUUAUAGACACUAUUCUGCAGGAUGAUUGCUGUGAUGAGCAUGGUGAACCAGCCUCCAGACUUGAUGGCCCCCAGGCAAGCGGCUAAGGGUUCAUUUUCCUUCUAAUUGGCCUGAGUUCAGGUGAUUGGAAUUAUGGGGUGAUUUCUAUCUCUACAAGCUGACAGAAACAUGGAUUUGAACUUCUCCACGGUCCGCGAUAGCGAUAAUUUGCUGGAGAGAGACUCAUCCAAGCGCGUUCUGACAGGCUGCUUUCUCUUUGCGCUCAUCCUGACCACACUGCUGGGGAACACACUGGUAUGUGUUGCAGUCACCAAGUUCCGCCACCUGCGCUCAAAGGUCACCAACUUCUUUGUGAUCUCUUUGGCCAUUUCAGACCUGCUGGUGGCCAUCUUGGUGAUGCCAUGGAAGGCAGCAACGGAGAUCGUGGGCUUCUGGCCAUUCGGUGCCUUCUGUAAUGUCUGGGUGGCGUUCGACAUCAUGUGCUCAACAGCGUCCAUUUUGAACUUAUGUGUCAUCAGCGUGGACAGAUACUGGGCGAUCUCAAGCCCAUUCCGCUACGAGAGGAAGAUGACACCCAAGGUGGCGUUUAUUAUGAUCAGUGUGGCAUGGACGCUGUCUGUGCUCAUCUCUUUCAUCCCUGUGCAGUUGAACUGGCACAAGGCUGCGGCGUUGGAGCUCAACGGCACUUACGGUGAGCUGCCGCCGGACAACUGCGACUCCAGCCUUAACAGGACCUAUGCCAUCUCCUCCUCCCUCAUCAGCUUCUACAUCCCUGUGGCAAUCAUGAUCGUGACUUACACCCGGAUUUACAGAAUUGCCCAGAUACAAAUCAGGAGGAUCUCAGCACUGGAGAGGGCUGCAGAGAGUGCCAAGAACCGCCACAGCAGUAUGGGGAACAACUCCAACAUGGAGACGGAGAGCUCCUUCAAGAUGUCUUUCAAAAGAGAAACCAAAGUCCUAAAGACCCUCUCUGUCAUAAUGGGGGUGUUUGUGUGCUGCUGGCUGCCCUUCUUCAUCCUCAACUGCAUGGUACCCUUCUGUGAGCCCAACGGCCCCUCUGAUUUCCUCUGCAUCAGCCCCGGCACCUUCGACGUGUUCGUCUGGUUCGGCUGGGCCAACUCCUCACUCAACCCCAUCAUAUAUGCCUUCAACGCGGACUUCCGCAAAGCGUUCUCCAUCCUGCUGGGCUGCCACAGACUCUGCCCGGGCAGCAAUGCCAUAGAGAUAGUGAGCAUCAACAACAAUGGAUCCCAGCCGCCUGCGUCCCAGUAUCAGCCCAAAGGGCACAUUCCCAAGGAAAGCAACAAUGCCACCUAUGUGAUUCCCCACAGCAUCCUGUGUCAGGAGGAGGAGCUGCAGAAGAAGGAUGGGAUUAAGACCUUGGAGAAACUGUCCCCGUCCCUUUCUGGGAACUUGGGCAGCGAUGCCGAUGUGUCACUGGAAAAGAUUAAUCCUAUAACUCAGAACGGCCAACACAAAACUGUGACAUGUUGACGGGUGUAUGUAUUGGUAUACAAACAUGAGAAGGAACCCAGAGGGAGAGACUUGGCAGUAUGCCUAGCAGAAGUGUGGUAUAUACAAACUGAGCUUCACUGCGAACCUUAAAACUCAAAUCACUAUGGAAAUCUACAGAAUGUUUCAAAUGAAGGCACUUUAUCCUGGAUAACUAUCUGCAAAACACCUUCAGCAUUUAUUAUUAAAGUAUAGACAGAUUUGUUGAUAAAUGUUCCAUAACUUGAAUAAAGUAAAACGAAAUACACACGUGUAUACAUGUGUUGUAUUUACAAAUAUGUAUACAUUUGCAUGUGUACACAGUAGUGACAAAUAUCCUGGAAGCUGUUAUAAGAUGGAGAAAGAAGUAGAAAUAUUAGCAAAAUGUCUCGUAGGUAAGUGCUUUACAUUUAUAUGUACAGCGUGUUUCAUAUUCUUACAAAGAUAACUAUAAAGAUAAUUGGUUUUUAUAGUUUUUUUCAAUGUCAACAACAGUGUAUAAUUAUUUAAAAUUUUAUUUAUAAUAAUCAUCAUAAUUUAUUAGAGAGUUGAAUACACUUCUGGUUAAUGAUAACUGACUAAAAUAAAUAUGGAGAGAGACCAUAGGAUGGUGAAAAUGGUUCAAAACAACCCUCAUCAAUUCUUGCAUUUGUGUUGUUGUGAAAUUGAAGUGGUAAGCCUCAGCAUGGUAGGGUUGUGGUAAGGUAUGGUGUAUACACAUGUAUGCAUUUGAUAGUUAGAACACGUUGUCAGUUACGGAGGCUUUAAAUACCUUUCAUUUUCACAGAGAUACAACGUCUUAUGCCAAGUAUGUCAUAUUUCUAUAUAUUUGAGUUGCAUUCCCCUUUUGUAGUACAUGAUUUUCCCAAUUGGGAAAUGCAAAAGUGUUGAUGGAGCUCACUCUGAUUGUCACACUGGAUUUCAAAUAAUCUUCUGUCAAACCUGAUUUUAAAGAACAAACUGUCAAACCUGAUCGUAAAGAACAAAUUGACAAACCUGAUUUUAUAGAACAAACGGUCAAAUCUGAUUUUAAAGAACAAAUUGACAAACCUGAUUUAAUAGAACAAACUGUCAAAUCUGAUUUUAAAGAACAAAUUGACAAACCUGAUUUUAUAGAACAAACUGUCAAACCUGAUUUUAAAGAACAAAUUGACAAACCUGAUUUUAUAGAACAAACUGUCAAAUCUGAUUUUAAAGAACAAAUUGACAAACCUGAUUUAAUAGAACAAACUGUCAAAUCUGAUUUUAAAGAACAAACUGUCAAACCUGAUUUAAAAUAACUAACUGGCAAAUCUGAUUUUAAAAAACGAACUGGCAAACCUGAUUUUAAAGAACCAACACCAUGUGUCUAACAGUCCCGUGUGAAACAGGGCCUACUUUCUAAGCCCUCCUAGCACACAUCAUCGCAUCAGCAAGUCAAGUCAAGUCUACGAGUGUAGCUGUAGCAUAGGCAUCACCGUGGACACAGUUCUCUCCCAACUUCAUCCCCAUUACUCUCUCCCAAUAGACACGUCUUCCCCUAAAAAGUGGUACCUCUUCACACUCUUAGGGCAUCAGUGAUUCUUUUGGCAUGUCGGGGCCCAUCAGACAUUUCUUCAAGUGUUUUACAAUUGGCAUCCUAUUCCCUAAAGGCUCUGGUCAAAAGUAGUGCACUAUAUUAGGAUGCAACCUUCUACUGUCCUAAUGCAGAGAGCUGAUUCUGAUUCUAUUAAUGGUCUGUUUGCAUGGAAACAAUCAGCUUAGUGAGCAGCAGUAAAUGCUGUCAAUGCAUAAUUGAAAAAUGUAAUUAUUGCACCUUAUGCAAGUCAACAGUCACACAGCCAGGACACAAUUGACCUUUGGUAAACUGCUGAAAACUGAUAUUGUGAAUUGUUUAAGCUGGAGCUAUGAUGUUUUAGGGAACAGUGGGACUGUUGUUGUGCUCAUAGCAGCCAGAUUGUUAAACACCUACUGUAUGCUUUGGUCCUGUCACUCUUCUGAUCAAUUAUCUCAUUUGUAGCUGUGACUGUUGAGAUGUUUUCUCUGCAGUAUUGAAUUUGACCGAUGGCAAACUAUACGCUGUUGGUGAAAAUGAGGAGCAGUUCUAUAGAGCUAGAGUGGUUAAGGCUUUCAAUUAGUACCUGUAUGGUUUUUCAUUUCAGGAGGCAUUUCAGGAGGCAUUGCAUGACUCUACAUUGGAAUUAGGACAAUUGGAUUUUGCGGUGUGCAUUGGGUGAAGGACAUAUUUUAACACUCUUUACAAUUCCCAAUUUAUCAUAGCUCCAUGAUGGGAAGUCUACGGCACAUGGUUUUGAUGUCAAAAUGAACUAGAGUUAAUGCAUUGUGGCUCAGUUGUUUCCAGGCCUCAACCUUGUUCUUGUAUCGACAGGUGUAAAAGCAUGGAGUUGUAUCGCCAGGUGUAAAAGCAUGGAGUUGUAUCGACAGGUGUAAAAGCAUGGAGUUGUAUCGACAGGUGUAAAAGCAUGGAAUUGUCAUACAUCAAUGGUAAUUUAAUGGUAUUAGUCUUAAAUUGGUUCUGGGAAAUCAAAUUUGGUAUAAAUGCAACAGGGAGAACGUUUUUGAAUCAGCAUGUUACUUAUGAGUUACAAAAAGAGGUUGAGAAACCACCUAGCUCCACCCCUUCCUGUAAUCCUAUUGAGUUUUUAUGACCUCAUUUUAUUUGCCUGGCCCUGGAUUCUUAAGAGUGUAUGUCCAUCAAGUCUAGCCUUCUAUGACAAGUGCCAAAAUAUGAACUCUCUCUGAUAAGACCUCUGUCUCUGUCAUUUUGUAGAUGAAGGUGGAACGUGCCCACUGCUCAGCUCUACUCCAAUUGUCAAGGGGUGCUAGAAGCCAUCAAUACCAUAAUAAACACGUUUUUUUUUAAAGUGCUGACUUGAUAUAGUAGCAUCUGAUUUUAAAAAGGUUUUCCCAAAGGCAUUAUGUCUUUGACGAAGGCAAAACAGCAGCAUCUAUGUGAAGUGAAGGUUGGCCUUUUUCCAUUUUCUACCAUAUCAGUUGUCCUAUUCCCAAAUAUUGACCAGUCUCUCUAUGAUUAACUAUAUCCUUUGCUUAUAAUUUAUUUUCUAAUUAUUUACAAACAUGAGUCUGCUCAAAUCUACGAUAAAAAAUGAACUCUGCAUAAUCUGAGCAGCUAUGGGGAACAUUCUAGAAGACUGUCUUUGUUUGCUUGGUGCUCCUCCUGUCAGGCCCCGUCUAAUCAGUGGAGAAAGCUGUUACUCAGAGGGAUUUAGUUCAUUAGUAAACCAUCCUUCCCUGCUGUUCCCCUCUGUGGUUCUAUCACAACACGCACACCUGGGCAUACAACUACGUAAUUGGGCCUCUGCAUAAAGAUGCCCCAUAUAAACAAUUGUCUAUUCAUAUUUUGUUUCCAAUGAUUUUGCUGAAUGUGAAGCUCAUGCUGUGAGAUGACAAUGUUUUGUAAAGUUUUAUGAGUUUCAUUUUCUUAGCCAUAUGAACAAUUAUGACACUGGCAUGGCACUUUGAAGUAUCUGAGGGUUGUCCAGAGUUUUUGGUUUUAUACAUUUAUACAGAUUAAUAUUCAUUUUGGUUUCAGAUCGUUUAACUAUCUUGCUUGUUGCUAUAUCUGUAUAAUUCCUGAGAUAGAUUUAAGCCGCCAAAUUUACCAGUCAUGUUUAACUCUGCUCACCACAGUUUGCUGGCACUUUAUGAAUUGGGCAUUACAUUGCAAAAUUACAAAAGCAGAAUGCCUUGUUUGCUCAAAUGUCUUUCCUAGGGGUGCCCCACAGGUUAUGAGAAACAAGUGUAUUGUUCUGUCUAGAUGUUUGUUGUGACAUCACAUGUAACAGUGCUUUUGUUAACCUAGCUGACAGCAAAGCAUUCCUCUGCAUCAAAUGACAAAUAGGAAUAUAUAACUGUCUCCUUGUAUGACAUUAAACAACGUCCUUUUUGGAUGGGUCCAACUGCAAGGGUAUUGUUCUCCAGCUCAUUUUGUUAAGAUUAUUUAUUUAUGAUGGCACCCCUACCUCGACAUUCAACAGCAAACCUUCAUGUAAACAUAAAAUGAAAAACAGUAUUGUAUAAUGUUCAAAUCUAGAUGUGAACACAAGUGCUUUUUAAAAAAAAAUCUUAGAAUCCUUAAAUGUGAGUAGAAAACUGUUUGUGCUGUUUUUCAGUGUGGAUUUAUUGAAAAGUUAAGGCACUCGUCAGUCAGAUGAAAUAAUGUUCUGCAGUUGUCAAGAAGGUGUUGAAGAAAAACAAUCCUCAAAUGUAUUACAGUACCUAGUUUACAGUUUGUACAAUA